AUGUUCACUUUAAGUCUUAGCGUUUGUCAGCACAAUAGUAAGUCGAUUCUUACUUCUGGCCUUAUACACACACAGCGAUCUCUGCCCUUAUCGAGAUUCUAUUCUUCUCAAGGGGUGAGGCAUCUAUUUACACAGCAGCAGGAGAUCAAAUCCGGUCCCGAAGCUGCCGUUGAAGAGGCAGAAUCCGGUGUGACCAAGAAAUGGUCUAAGCAUGUGAUGCCUAGUCAGUCUAUACUUAAGGAACAGGUCAAACAAGAAGAAGAAGAAGAAGCUAAUAGAGAGGCAAGCCACAGAACGAGAAGAAAAAAAAGAAGAAGAAGAGAGUUGAAGCCGUUGAAGGCAGUGCUCACACUCACGCCUAAUGCAUUGUUGCACUUACGGAAGUUGAUGGAUCAACCGGUGCCGAAGUUGAUCAGAGUCUCAGUCAAUAAUAGAGGAUGUUCUGGUUUGACAUAUAAUCUCGAAUAUGUAACGAAGCCUGAAAAGUUUGAUGAAGAAGUGAUUCAGGACGGGGUGAAGAUUCUGGUCGAUUCCAAGGCAUUGUUUUCCAUCAUAGGAUCAGAGAUGGAUUGGGUUGACAAUAAGUUGGCCUCUAAGUUCGUGUUUAAGAAUCCUAACAGCAAGGGCACCUGUGGCUGCGGUGAGUCGUUUAUGGUGUAA